AUGACGACCGCAGCUAGCGGAGGAACAGGCUCCAGCCUAGCACGAGCAAUUAUCAUUGUCACAGGUGUCUCGGCUUUGGUUUCCUCUCUCUUGUCCUUUGUGGUCCCGAUUUACGCAGUAUCAUCAUGGACGAGCAUCAUAUCGCUAAGGGCGGCACAGUUUCUAGAUCCUGUUCGUGACAUCUACGAGGCGUUCACCAUCUAUACCUUCUUUCAGCUCCUCAUCAACUUCCUCGGCGGCGAGCGGGCUGUGAUCAUCAUGGCUCAUGGCCGCCCUCCUAUCUCCCAUGCCUGGCCUCUCAAUCACUUCCUCCCAAAGAUUGACAUCUCGGAUCCCCAAACCUUCCUUGCUGUCAAACGUGGUAUCCUGCAGUACGCUUGGUUGAAGCCCAUUCUGGCUCUCGGCUCCAUCAUAAUGAAGGCAACCGAUACAUAUCAAGAGGGCUAUAUUGGGCUGAGCUCUGGAUACCUCUGGACAGGUAUCAUAUAUAAUAUCAGCGUCACAAUCAGUCUUUAUUCCCUUGCCAUGUUCUGGGUGUGUCUGCAUGAUGACCUCGCGCCAUUCCGCCCAGUCCCCAAAUUUCUCUGCGUCAAACUCAUUAUUUUCGCCUCAUAUUGGCAAGGCUUCUUCUUGUCGAUCCUGCAGUGGCUGGGAGCGCUUGGUAGUGUUGCUGGGUACACCCCCGACAACCUUGCGGCGGCCAUUCAGGACAGUCUUAUCUGCUUUGAGAUGCCAUUGUUCGCUAUGGCUCAUUGGUAUGCAUUUUCGUGGCAUGACUAUGCGGACCCGACCAUCUCAGCUGCGCGCAUGCCCGUAAAAUACGCGCUGCGCGACGCAUUCGGCGUGCGAGAUUUGGUUGAAGACACCAAGUUCACCAUUCGCGGUAAGAAUUACGGAUAUCGGCUGUUUGACUCGGGUGAUAAUAUCAUCCCGCAUGAGGAGUCAGGGUCGCGGGUCAAGCGAGUAAUGGCCGGCAUGAGAUAUGAGCGUGGAGGUAAGGCAAAAUAUUGGAUCCCAGAACCGGGUGAAGCCAACAGCCGCACGCCUCUAUUGGGCGGCGAAUCUAGUCAGCGCGGCCCCAGAAAUAAACGGGCCAGUCAAACCUCCAGAGAGAGAAUCCGAUCAUACAGUGAAAUUGAUGAAACCGCACUGGACGACGAGGAUGAGCGAAUAUUCCUCAAUGCUCGCGCACUAGAAUAUGGAGACUGGAAUUACCCGGUGAUUACCGCGAACGUGGUGCCAAGUGACCAACGGCUGCCACCCUCGCGGAGAAAUCAAGAUUCAAACCGAGGGGCAGAUUUCAAAAAGGCCCAUAGGCACAGGAAAAGUCGCGCGUCAAAUGGUGAGAGUAGGCAAAGUCACAAGCCAAAGUCCAAAAUAGCUGGCCCAAGCUCGGCGACUCCCGGUCCCUUGAAGCGAAACGUCAGUUCCACCAGUUCUAGCGGUACGCAGCGCAGCCAGCUGGUUGACCUUGUGGUGGAGAAUACAGAGGCUGAAGAAGAAGUUCGAGCCCAAACACAGAGAGAGUAUGGCUCUGCCUGGGCAGAGCCUGAAACUCGACGAUUCUCAAGACCCUGUGAAGAUCUAAUCGAAGAAGAGGCUGAAGCCAACUCGAUACAGCCGGAGACCAAUCAUGACGAAGAUCGGCCCAAAUGGGCCUACGACGACCUAGAGCAGGACAAUGUUUGGGGCAAAUAG